AUGCCUCUUCAUUUCUUUGAUGAUGCUGGUCGUCGCGUCGCCUACGUCCGCCAGAACCCUCGCAGGAACAUGUAUGUGAACCAGUUUCUGAUUCCUCAGAGAUUUCGGUUCACCGAUGAACAACUGGACUGGAUAACGGACUUGUGGAAUGUGAUCAGUGCUGUGGAUGGCACACUGGUCCGGAUAAGGACUCCAGCUGUUGACGGGUGGCAGUACGUCAGCAGGAAAGGAACAUCUUGCCUCAACGUCUGCAUCAUCGCAGACGCUGUAGGCCGAAUCCUGUACGUCAACAACGGGUCCCCCGAAUGGGUGAACGAUGCCGUGACUCCGCACCUGCUGCGGUCUUCAAGUAGUGGAACAACCGUAGCAGGUUAUCGCCUUCUUGGCGAUAUGGGGUACGGCAACGGCGGCGGAAUAAUAACGCCAUUCCGGCCCACUGCCGUCCAAGGAGACGCGAGGAAAAUGCGAUAUAACCGCGAUCAUUGCCGUAUGCGAUCGAUCGUGGAGAUGACCAUCGGUCGUAUGAAAUCGCGUUUCCCCAUUCUCUCGUCAGAACUGAGAGUGGGACCUCAACGCGCGUCGAAAAUCGUCAUUGCAUGCGCAGUGUUGCACAACAUAAGUGCUCCCAUUCUUGCAAACGUGAAUGAAAGUAUUAGAGCGGCCUAUUGCGACCUGAUUCAAAGCGAUAUCUGC